CGCGGCGGGGGAGGGGGCGCUCAGCCGCCCCGGGAGCGGGGGGAGGAGAAAGGGGGGGGGCAGAGGUUGCUCGCCGCUGCUCGCCCUUCCCCGCUGCAUCUUUCAUGGCAACAUGGCGAUGCCGGCGCAGCCCCGCCGCGCGGCUCCCUUCGGCCCGCUCCUGCUGCUCCUGCUGCUGGCCGGCCCCGCCGCCCACGGCUACAGCUUCCCGCAGCACUACACGAUGCAGUACUGGACCAGAAGGCUGGAGCAGGAGAUUGAUGGAGUGAUGAGGCUAUUUGGUGGUGUCCAGCAGCUCAGAGGGAUCUACAAUGACAACAGGAACCUGUUCGAGGUCAAGGAGAAUAUCCCUAAGAAAUUAGUGGAGAAGGUGUCGGGAGACAUUGAGAGCCUGUUGGCCAAGAAAGUCCGAGCUUUAAAGAGACUUGCUGGUGCGGCUGAGAAGUUCCAGAAAGCCCACCGCUGGCAGGACAACAUCAGGGAGGAGGAUAUUGAAUACUACGACUCCAAGGCAGACACGGAAUAUGACGAUCCAGAGGGAGAAGAGAUUGAAAGGGAGAAGUCCAACUCCCUGAAGCUGGAGUUUACCGAAGACGUGAACUUCAAAACCAAGGUUAACUAUUCAUAUGCCGCCGUGCAGAUCCCUACCGACAUCUACAAAGGCUCCACCGUGAUCCUCAAUGAGCUGAACUGGACUGAAGCCCUGGAGGACGUGUUUAUCGAGAACCGGAAGGAAGAUCCGACUCUGCUGUGGCAGGUCUUCGGCAGCGCCACUGGCGUGACCCGCUACUACCCAGCCACCCCCUGGAGAGCUCCUAAUAAGAUCGACCUGUACGACGUUCGCAGGAGGCCUUGGUAUAUCCAAGGGGCCUCCUCUCCAAAGGACAUGGUGAUCAUCGUGGACGUGAGCGGCAGCGUCAGUGGCCUCACCCUGAAGCUGAUGAAGACAUCAGUCUGUGAGAUGCUGGACACCCUUUCAGAUGAUGACUACGUCAACGUGGCUUCGUUUAACGAGAAGGCAAAACCUGUGUCCUGCUUCAAGCACUUGGUCCAGGCCAACAUCCGCAACAAGAAAGUCUUCAAAGAAGACGUGCAGGAGAUGGUGGCCAAGGGGACAACUGACUACAAAGCCGGCUUUGAGUACGCCUUUGACCAGCUGCAAAAUUCCAACAUCACACGAGCCAACUGCAAUAAGAUGAUCAUGAUGUUCACGGAUGGCGGGGAAGACCGGGUCCAGGAUGUGUUUGAGAAGUACAACUGGCCCAAUAAAACGGUGCGAGUGUUCACCUUCUCAGUGGGGCAGCACAACUAUGACGUGACCCCCCUGCAGUGGAUGGCUUGUGCCAACAAAGGUUACUACUUCGAAAUUCCCUCCAUUGGGGCCAUCCGAAUCAACACACAGGAGUACCUGGACGUGCUGGGGAGACCCAUGGUCCUGGCAGGGAACAAAGCAAAACAGGUUCAAUGGACCAAUGUCUAUCAGGAUGCUCUGGGCCUGGGGUUGGUGGUGACCGGCACCCUGCCAGUGUUUAACCUCACGGAGGAUGGCGGCAGCAACAGGAAG